CGUAGACUAUGGUUCCGUGCGUGCGCUAAUCCGUAUGUCAUGUUGAUAACGUGAAGUGAGGGACAAAGAUUGAAAUGGUGCAUCCAUGUGUGAUGUACAUUUGUGUAUAUGUGCGGCGUAAGCGUAACUGAUGCCUGUGAAGACAUUCAAAACCUUUCAAUUUGCUACUUACUUCAUCGCGUAUUUCUUCGCAAUUUAAACGCUGGUAGCCAAGAAUACUGCUGGUCGACUGCCUAGCGACCAAAACAUAAAAUGGCCCUUCCAGGCGUGGAUACAACAACGUUAUGCUUAUUUGAUGUCGACGGAACACUUACUGCAGCUCGCCAACCAUGUAUGUCCCUCUACAGAAAGCCACACCUGAGAUGCAUGAGUUUCUAAAGAGGCUGAGACAAAGAGUGCGGGUAGGAGUGGUGGGAGGAUCAGAUUUGGAAAAGAUCAAAGAGCAACUUGGGAAUGAUGUGGUGGAUAAAGUGGAUUAUGUGUUUGCUGAAAAUGGACUGGUUGCAUACAAAGAUGGGAAACUAGUUUCUGUGCAGAAUAUUCAGGCUUAUUUGGGUGAAGAUCUGCUGCAGGACUUCAUUAAUUUCUCUCUGAAUUACAUGGCAAAGAUCAAACUGCCCAAGAAAAGGGGAACUUUUAUUGAGUUCCGCAAUGGAAUGCUGAAUAUCUCUCCGGUGGGCAGGAGCUGCAGCCAAGAAGAACGAAUUGAGUUCUUUGAACUUGAUAAAAAGGAGCACAUCAGAGAUAAGUUUGUUGCAGUCUUACGGGAACAGUUUGCUGGAAAGGGCCUGUGCUUUUCCAUAGGGGGACAGAUCAGUUUUGAUGUGUUUCCUGAUGGGUGGGAUAAACGUUACUGCCUGGGAAUUGUGGAAAAAGACUGCUAUGAGAAGAUCCAUUUCUUUGGCGACAAAACCAAGCCAGGAGGUAAUGACUAUGAAAUCUACGCAGACCCCAGGACCAGCGGCCAUGAAGUGUCCUGUCCAGAGGACACCGUGCGCAUCUGUGAGGAGCUCUUCUUAAAGUGAGGGCCAUUCCUAAAUCCAGGAUCACAACUGCAGGGCAAAUGAGGAGAGUGGACCUCUGUGGUAUAAGUCUUCAUUCAGACUUUUAAUUUGGCACAAAAUCAUACGAUACUGGAAGGACCAUUGUCCAUUGAAACUUGAUCUACAGAUACUGCAGAAAAGUGUAUUUAAUACUCUGGCCUUUGCCCUAGGAGGGAUUGUGGAAUUCAGUUUGGUCAAAGUAAUGAUAUUUUGAAAGAAAUUCAUGCAUUGCUUCUGUUUUCACCUUAGGUAAUUCAGUAAGGUGAGCCAGAAGCAUACCAGGGAACUGUGUGUUAAAUGAAGCAUAAUGAUUAUUUUAGGGCCGUCUUUCCCAAAGAAAGGGAAUGUAGUUUACAGCGGUAUUUCCCAAAGACAACCCUUACUGCCCCUGAGACCCAAAUGCAAAUAUGUAAUAGUGCCAAGUAUGUGCAUUAGUAAUGUUUUCUGUGAAUGGCAGCAGCUACAUAUUGCACCUUCUGAGCCUUGGGAUAGAAAGGACAAUAGGUCAGGUCCUGAAAUGUGGAGUUUAAACGUGUUGGCCAUCUUGAAAGUUUAAAACAUUUGCACUUUUUCUUGCAGUAUAUUUGUGGGCGGUCUGCCAUCUACUGAUGAUUAUGCUCCAUAUAGGAUAAAGUUACUGAGAGUCUGGUCCUUAUUUGAGAUAUGCAAGCUUUUUACACACUGUCAACUAAAUCGGACUUGUUCUCAUCAGAGUUAUGUAUACUUUCUUUGAGAUGCCAAUCUGUGUAACUUCAUGGUCCAUCCUGAGUUGCUCUUGAAUUAGCUUGCAAUUGCAGUAGCCUGUCCUAACACCUGUACAUAGAUGGAAAACAUGAAUUUACCAGUUCUCAGUCUGUUGUAUUUUCCCUUUGUAAAACCUAUUAUGUAGUACUACAAGGCAUAGGUGGUUUAAAAUGAAGUAAUCUAUAAUUUGUCUGUAGACAUUUCAUUUCUGUAUCUGUCGCUCAAAUGACAAUAUGAAAAUGUUGUUUGUAAGAAUCUACAGACCCGUGAAUUGGGUUACAUUUGGGUUACAGAUACAGAAAUUAAUGGAAACCUGGCAAAACAAGGCAAAACGUAACUAGUUGCUAAAUGUUACCUGAAGCUGGCUGACUUCAGGGAAAUAUUCUGGGCCAGAGUGUUUUUUGGAAAGCACUGAUUUAAUUUUAUAUCCUACAAUAUUUACAGUUUAUUAAUAAAUGGGCUAGCAAUUGUGAUGACAUUCAAAAAAAUUAACAUUUAUUUUAACUGUUAGAAUUAUUCAUUUUAAUAUGUCUGUAAAUUGCCAUAAACAAUCUUGGUUAUGUUGUAUGUUAAACUAUUGUUGUCCACAUGGAACAGGGAGUUGAGAUGUUACUCCAUAUGCUGGUAGGUAAGUGUAUGACCUUUUCAUGCAAGCAAAGGCUGGGGAGAUAACACUAGGUAAAAAGUAAUUCAGACUCAAGCCAGAUUUUGUGUAACUGGGAGUUAAAUGGGACAUGCCUUCUUUUCCGUUAGACUAUGUCCCGAAAGCGCAGCUGUGGCAUAUCUCAAACCAGGAUCAGGCUCUGUGUUAAUCAUUAUAUGGAAUGUUAUAUGAUCUAUUAAUUUGUAAAGUAGCUGAUUCAAUUUAACAUAAUGAGCAUCUUGUUCAUUCAAUCAUCGGAAAUGUAACUACAUUUGAAUAGAAACUAUGUGGUAUGAAAACAAACAUUCUUUCCCAAUAAAGUUAGUAGAAAAUGA